AGAAAAGGGCCUUUCUUCCUUGAUCCCGAGCCAGAGUUGAAAUGAAUCUUGCAGGACUUAAACAGCCCAACAUCUUCGCGUCACCACCGAUGUCUCGUUCAAAGGGGUACUUUGGGCGGCAGGUGGAGUUAUAAUUAUAGAUUAGAAAAAAGCAACCUCAGCAGCUGUCACUUCUGUUUGUUCCCAGCUAUAACUGUCACCAGUGGGCAAACUGGCAUAAACAGGUCUCUGCAAGUGGAAAAACAUUUAACCCUGGACUCGCUACUCGCCGGAACCUCACGGCAGCCAGAGGACAGGCGGAAACCCGCUGGUCCAUGAGUGAAGGGUGGAAGCCGAGCAGCGAUCGGAAGGCGCCUCUUCAGGGAGAGCCUGACAUUUGAAGAUUCCCUUCCCGUGGGAGACUCCGAAGAAGCAGGUUAGUGCGCAAUCGGGUUACGCUCUUGAGUGGUGACCUUGGUGCUCUGUGGGUUUCGGAGUCUUGUCAGAGCCGAAAUAGAAGGGUGCAGGAGCAAACGGAAGAGAGGAAAGGUGGCUAGAGACUUAUUCAAUCCCACCUGCCCGAACAAAACUAUCCGAGAUGACUGUCACUUACUCCAGUAAAGUAGCAAAUGCCACCUUUUUUGGAUUUCAUAGGUUGCUCCUCAAGUGGAGAGGCAGCAUCUACAAGCUUCUAUACAGGGAAUUUGUUGUUUUUGCUCUCCUUUACACAGCAAUCAGUUUGGUGUACAGAUUGUUACUUACAGGAGCCCAAAAACGUUACUUUGAAAAAUUAUCAAUUUACUGUGACAGAUAUGCUGAACAAAUUCCAGUAACCUUUGUGCUUGGGUUCUAUGUUACUCUGGUAGUGAACCGAUGGUGGAACCAGUUUGUGAAUCUCCCUUGGCCGGACAGGCUCAUGUUCCUCAUCUCCAGCAGUGUCCACGGGAGCGACCAGCAUGGGCGCCUGCUCCGAAGGACGCUGAUGCGCUACGUCAAUCUGACCUCCCUGCUUAUCUUCCGCUCGGUGAGCACGGCGGUGUACAAAAGGUUUCCGACCAUGGACCACGUGGUCGAGGCAGACUCGCCUACCGUGGCAGUCCUUCUGCCUCAGCCUCCCUGGGGCAGGGAUCAGAAAACCAAGCUGAAUCCAAAUCUUUCACCUAACACUUCACAAGUAUCAGAGAAGAAAAUAGUUCUCGUCAACGCCGCUCAUCAGAAGCGCAAAGACGGAAAUAGAAAAUUACAGUCAUACUCUGAGAGAACCAGUGACAGAGCUGCCAAUGACUAUCAGGCAUUUGCCCGUUCUGUGAGGUUUCCUGGGGCCGGGGAUGCAGCUGGUUGA